AUGGCACCCGAAACCGGCUCCGCAAGCCGUAAACGCAAAGACCCUGCGCCACCGUCGUCCCUACAGAAGAAGCGCAAGCUGAACGGCGCCGUCAAGUCCUCCCCGACGACGCCAAAGUCCACUCCCGGCGCCGCCUCGUCGGCGGUGAAGAGGUCAAUCCGCAAGACCGCCCCGGCGGCCAGCUCUCCUUACGAUGUCCAGGCCUCCGACGAAGACGACAACCCGCCGCAACGGCACCGGAACGUUAGAAGCGUGAACCGGCCGACGCCCAAGGUCCCGAUCGCGGCUCGUGGGCAGAUCGAUGUCGAUGCGUACGAGGUUCCCGAUUCCGACGACGAGCUGCAGUUGGAUCCGAAAGAGGCGAAUGCCCAGAAGAGGGGCUCUGUGAAGAAGAGCAAAGCCGUGGGAAAGGAGGCGGUGAUCGAAACCGGGUCGAAGAAGAAGACGACGACUACAAAUGGAAAACGAGCGUCUCGCAAGGGGGAAGAGGAGGAAGAGGAGGCUGUGAUCAAUGACCUCGAGGACGAGCUUCCUUCGAUAGAGGAGUCGCCGUUGAAGGUGCGGUCCAGCGGAAGGCGCAGGGUCCCGACUGCCAAGGUCUUGGAAGGAACGGACGAGCAGGCUGGGGGAAGCCGUUCGGGCACGCCAACAUCCCGCGCGAGGUCUUCGGUCGCCCUCAACGACGCUCAGGAUACAAAGAAGGCGACGGAUAAGGCGGUACGGAACGUGUCCAUGCCAUUGAAGGGCAUUCUGACGCCGUCCAAACGUGACAGGUCGGUGAGGAGAAGCAAGAGCGUCGCUUUUGACUCUUCAAACGAACAGGCUCAAGAGGAGGUCUUUUUCGAGGACCUCCCUAGCAAGUCGGCGAGUAAAAAGCCAUUGCAAAGGGUUACUGGGGCGAAGGCUACAGCAAGUGCAACGAGGAAGACGAAGCCGCGAAAGGGGGCUGCCAAACCCAUAGAAGAGGAGACCGGGGAAGAGGAAGAAGAAGAACCCGAAGUUGAGUCGGAGAUUCAGCAAACGGAAGAAGCGGAAGAGGAAGGGGAAGAGGAGGAUGAGGAAGUUUGUGAGAUUUGUUCAAAACCGGACUCGAAACGCGGGAACAUGAUCCUGUUUUGCGACGGAUGCGACAAAGCAUAUCACCAAAAGUGCUACGACGUCCCGAAAGUACCCAAAGGAGACUGGUUCUGCAAAGACUGCGUACAAAAGAAAGAAACCCGGGUCGCGGCGGCGGUGGACGUGGCCAAGAUCCCGAACUUCGCGCACCAUUUGAGCAGCAUGAAGAGAGUGCUGCUGGAUCGGUGUACGGGGCGCCGGCGAAUCAAGUUGAUCGACCAGGACGAGGCAUAUGACAAAGCACAUCAGCUUGUCGAGCAGACGGUACUAUCAGGGGAGGGAAACUCAAUGUUGGUGAUUGGCGCGAGAGGAUGUGGCAAGACCACGCUUGUAGAGAGUAUCGUCGACGACCUGUCCCUCCAGCACAAGACAGCGUUUCACGUCGUGAGGCUGAACGGUUUUAUUCAUACUGAUGACAAGCUGGCUCUCAAGGAGAUUUGGCGCCAACUGGGCAAGGAGAUGGAUGCCGAGGACGACGUGACAGCUCGGUCAAAUUACGCAGACACCAUGGCCUCGCUCCUCGCCCUUCUUUCCCACCCGUCAGAAAUGACUCAGGCAGAGGAGGGCGUAACAUCGCAGGCCGUCGUGUUCGUCAUUGACGAAUUCGACAUGUUCGCGGCGCAUCCCCGCCAGACUCUGCUUUACAACCUUUUCGACAUUGCGCAGGCGAAAAAGGCGCCCAUCGCGGUGCUGGGCUGCACGACGCGGAUGGACGUGGUGGAAAUGCUCGAGAAGCGCGUCAAGAGUCGGUUCAGCCACCGAUAUGUCUACCUGUCGAUGCCGAAGAGCCUGCCGGCGUACUGGAACGUAUGCAAGCAAGGUCUGACGGUCGACGAGGAAGACAUGGAGGUUGAGGGGAUCGAUGUGAGUCUGAAGGGCCAUGACGAGUUCCAGAAGGCUUGGAAUGCCAUGAUUGAGGGCUUACGCGAGGAGAAAACGUUCCAUGGUCUCCUGCAAUAUCACUAUUUCACAUCAAAGUCAGUGUCCGGCUUCUUGUCGGAAUGCAUCCUCCCGCUAUCCUCAUUAUCACCCGGAGCCCUGAACCUCGCCAUUCCGCCCACGAACGGCCCGACCGUCUCGCUUACACCACCAAACUCCAAACUACACAUCCUCCCGUCCCUCUCGGAGCUGGAUCUGGGACUGCUCAUCGCCGCGGCCCGCCUGGACAUCGUGGCGCAUACCGACACGGUCAACUUCGCCAUGGCGUACGACGAGUACGGCUCGCUGAUGGGCCGGCAGCGCGUGCAGUCGGCCAGCUCGGGCAUGCUGGCGCACGGGGGCGGGGUGCGGGUGUGGGGCCGCGGAGUGGCCGCGACGGCGUGGGAGCGGCUCGUGUCACUCGGGCUGCUGGUGCCGGCGGGUCUCGGCACCGGCCGGGCGUCCGGGUACGGCGGCCUCGAGGGCAAGAUGUGGAAGGUCGACAUGGCGCUGGAGGAGAUCCCGGUGGGCGUCAAGCUGAACAACGUGCUGGCGCGGUGGUGCAAGGAGAUUUGA